UAUAAAAGGCGGCGAUUUGCAAAAGUUAGGGUUUUCGGGCUUUGUUCACGAGUUUGUGCCAUGGCCAAGUUCAACCAGAUCCAGAAGGCGAGGCGAGAGAUGAUUCAGGAUCGGAAGCGGGCCGUUCAAGGCGAUCCUAACACUCGGAAGCUAAAGCAGAAGGUUGAGCCUAUCCCUAUCUCUGGUAAACGGAAGCGGAAGCUUUUCAAGAAAUGGCGAAGGGAGAAAAAAGCGGCGAUGGAGAAGGGUUUGGUGACUAUGGAAGACAUUGAGAUGGAAGUCGCAGAUGGAACUUCUCAAGUUAAACAGGAGAAGACUCAGACAACAUUUCACUUAAAGAAGGCUUCGAGGCUUAGAAUCAAGAGAUUAAAAGCAAAGGGAAGGGGCAAGAAAAAAUCAACUGGUCAGUCAGAUGUUGCAGCAAAUGAUGCCAUGGUAGAGUGAUUAUCUGGAAGCGUUUUAUCUCUAGUAAUCUAUAACGCUGUCUCACUAAAGUAAAAACAUUUACGCUGUGAUCUCCUGUGAAGAUUUAGGUGAGGUAUGUUUUGAACUAUCUGUGCAGACUGAGUUCUAAGCAGUCUUAUUCUUCAAUAGUUGUUAUUUUGUAUAAUAAAUUUAAUUUAAGGUUUAAUGUAGUCAUAUUUUUCUUAUUCAGACAACUUUCUUAAAAUUUUUAGUUUAAAAA